GAAAAUAAUUUAAAGGCAACAUAACCUUUAAUAAUUUGUUGUAUUUUGCUUAAGCUUUUUCUUGCUGUAAACUUUUGAAUCAGCUGUUAAAGCUUUUUAUUUCAUAAACAAUGCACAUUUUGCGUUAGGUCAGCUACAAACAAAGCCGGCAAACUGGUUUGCCAGCCAAUUGCUAGCUAGUACGUAUCUUAUCUCAGCGAAAACAACGCAGUAUUACUCAUAACAAUAAGCAACGACGUAUCUUUGGGUUGCGUUCGAUUAGAAUGGGGAUUUUAGUUUCAGUUUUAUUUCGACCGCGUUGGAAAUGAGUGCCAAAAGUAUCGAAGAACUCUAUUUGGACUGCCUAUACCAUAUAUUUGAAUAUUUGUCCCCCGAUGACCGCCAUACUUUCGCACAAGUAUGCCGGAGAUUUCGUCAGGUUUUCAUCAAUCAGUACAGUAGUAAAUAGCGCGAAUUUACCCUCGAUAAAGACAGUUCAAAGCAAGAGCUGAUACAAUUUUGCAUCUGUCGGGAAGCGGUAGAUUCGUUAGCCAUCGAUCUGGAUCACUUUGACACGGCCAGGUGCUACAGAACCUAUGGAUGUGUAGCCCCGGUAAACUGUUUUGAAAUUCUUUACCAAACUUUGACCGGCAUGAUAAGCUUAAAAAACUUGGUUAUAAAUCAGCUGUGUAUGCUGAUCACACCCGUUGUCAAGCCCUUCGAUCAAAUUUUGGCUGCCGUAAGGCAUUUGCCUGAACUGAGAAGAUUGGAAAUUCAUGCAAAAGACGACUGCAGCGUUGAUCGUCUGCCUCAACUUCAGCACCUCGAAAGCCUGCAGCUCCUCAUACCAAAAAUUUCCACUCCAAUUCUGGUGAAAUGCUGCAAAUCGAAUGGCAAUCUUCGCAGCCUUCAUUUGGGCUAUGGCUGUGUGCAGAAGAAUUUGAGAGACAUAGUGCCCCACUGCAAGAACUUGGAGGUGCUCAAGUUCGGCAUGACUGCAAAGUCGUCGGAAUACACUCCACUGGCUAGGCUUCCGAAACUCAAGGAGCUCUCGUAUUCCGGAGUUCGCAGGAGCGGCUCCUUUGAGACACUUCUUUCGGCUUUGGCAGUCAAAUCACAGUUAACGCACCUGUCCAUCGAUGGAGGCAGUCUUACUCUGCAGGAGACCAGCCAGUUGGUCCGUAUCCAGAGCUUAAGGAACCUAAAGUGCUACUGCUCAACGACUGAUUGCGUGGAGAUGUUGGCCAAUCUAGCUAAUCUAGAGGAACUCUGCCUCUCCGUGUACCGACCAUUGGAUAUUUCAAUCUCCCUACUGCCAAUCAUUGCAAACUGUAGAAACAUGAAACUCCUUCGAAUAGCAGUCGGUAAUGUCGAUAAAAACUUUGUAAACGAUGCCAUUAGACUUUAUAACACUAAAGCAGCUGAUUCGAUGGCUAUGGUAGUAGAUAAAUAGUAAAUAUUAAUAUAAGAAUUUACAAAA